UCUCCGCGGUUCAUUGGUAGACGUCAAAGCCUCAUUGAAGAUGCCAGGAAGGAAAGAGAGGCUGGAGCCGCAGGCACCGAUGCUGCAGAGUCUACAGAGACCAUUGUCUUUGAGGAGAAGGAUGGGAGAGCCAUGCUGAACCUCUUCUUCAUGCUCAAGGGAACUAAGACUUCACCACUGUCCCGUGCACUUAAGGUAUUUGAGACGUUUGAAGCUAAAAUUCACCACCUGGAGACCAGGCUCAGCCGAAAGCCCCGUGAAGGGACUGCUGAACUGGAGUACUUUGUGCGCUGUGAAGUCCAUAGCUCUGACCUCAAUACUUUCAUUAGCUCCAUCAAGAGGGUAGCAGAAGACGUGAGGACCACUAAGGAAGACAAAUUUCACUGGUUUCCCAGAAAAAUCUGUGAAUUGGACAAGUGCCACCAUUUGGUCACCAAGUUUGACCCUGACUUGGAUCUGGACCACCCGGGCUACUCUGACCAAGUAUAUCGCCAGAGAAGGAAAUCGAUAGCAGAAAUUGCUUUUCAUUAUAAGCACGGGGACCCAAUCCCUCAUGUGGACUACACAGCGGAGGAGAUUGCUACUUGGAAGGAGGUGUACAGCACCCUGAAGAGCCUGUAUCCCACCCAUGCCUGCAAGGAGUACCUUGAAGCUUUCAAUCUACUGGAGAAAUUCUGUGGCUACAACGAGAACAACAUCCCUCAGCUGGAGGAGGUCUCCCGCUUCCUGAAAGAGAGGACUGGCUUCCAGCUCCGGCCGGUGGCCGGCUUGCUGUCAGCACGGGACUUCCUUGCCAGCCUGGCCUUCCGUGUCUUCCAGUGCACACAGUACAUCCGCCAUGCGUCCUCGCCCAUGCACUCCCCUGAGCCGGAUUGCUGUCACGAGCUGCUGGGGCACGUCCCAAUGCUGGCCGACAAGACGUUUGCCCAGUUCUCUCAGGACAUUGGGCUGGCAUCUCUGGGAGCAACUGACGAAGAAAUUGAGAAACUCGCAACGCUUUACUGGUUUACGGUGGAGUUUGGGCUUUGCAGACAGAACGGGAUAGUCAAAGCCUACGGAGCCGGGCUCCUGUCUUCCUAUGGGGAGCUCAUACACUCCUUGUCAGAUGAACCAGAGGUGAGGGACUUCGACCCUGAUGCUGCUGCUGUUCAGCCCUACCAGGACCAGAACUACCAGCCCGUAUAUUUUGUGUCUGAGAGCUUCAGCGAUGCCAAAAGUAAACUGAGGAGCUACGCGGCACACAUCAAGCGUCCCUUCUCGGUGAAAUACGAGCCCUACACGCACAGCAUCGAGCUCCUGGACAGCCCUCAGACGAUCUGUCACUCCCUGGAGAGCGUAAGGGAUGAGCUUCACUCGCUGAUUAACGCGCUCAAUGUUAUCAGUUAA